GCAGAGGCUGGGGAUAAAGUUGUCCCGAAAACUUUCAGCUUGCUCUGCCCCCCUCAAUCGCGUCCGUCGGGGGGCGGCGGAGGGGCUGGAAGGAGGCAGCGAGCCCGGCGAGACGCAGCAGGGCUCCGCUCAGCGCACCAUGAGCCCGGCUCCUUCCAGGGCUCGCCCUGCCUCCAGCCGGGGAUCGCUUGCUGCUGCUGCCGCCGCCGCCUCUCAGCUCUCGCCGGAGGGCAUGCAAACCGGCCUCAAAAGAAUGCAUCAGCCCUAAAUUAAACGUAUCUAUAUCUACAUCUAUCUAUAUAGAUAUAUAUAGAUUCACAAAACAAAACCCCAUAUAGCCACGGGCUGAUCCAUAAAGCAGACAAUUACUGAACCUCUGGACAAAAACUUUGCCAGCUGGAAGGAAAGGAUAGUGCCCAAAGCAAACGCAAAGCCAGUUUCAUGAAUUCAAAACAAAUUUUCCAGUGACUUCUGGGUGCUGGAGUUGAUUUUCUUGAUAUUAUGUUUGUACAUCUAUUCAUAUUUGCAUACUCUGGAAUAAGAGAGAGGAAUGCUGAAAAUGGCCCUCUUCCAAAAAAGGAAAUCUGACUGAGGAAGGAUUGUUGAUCUGUGAAAAGACCUGCUAGCUGCUGUCUUGCUGGCUUCUUCUCUGAUGACAACUAUCACGGGACACUGCUAGAGAACAGAGUCAGCCUGUGACGGGGCCAGAAGAAUGUCUUCCAAGCAGGCCACCUCUCCAUUUGCAGCUGAUGGAGAGGAAGGAACGACCCAGGACUUAGCAUCACAGGAGCAGGAAGAAGGCAACAAUGAAGAGCUUGUGGCUUCCCAUCUGCCUCUGCACACCAUAUUGCACAACAAACCUCACUCCGAGGAGCUACCUACUCUAGUCACUACAAUUCAACAAGACGCUGACUGGAACAGUGUUAUCUCAACUCAGCAUAGAAUGGAGUCAGAAAGUAGUAAGUUAUGUUCCUUAUAUUCCUUCCGAAAUACUUCUACCUCACCACAUAAGCCCGAAGAAGGAGGUCGUGAUCGCAGUGAGCUAAUGACCAGUGUUAAUUUCGGAACUCCAGAACGCCGCAAAGGAAGCCUUGCCGAUGUGGUGGACACACUGAAGCAGAAGAAACUAGAAGAGAUGACCAGAACUGAACAGGAGGAUUCAUCUUGCAUGGAAAAAUUACUUUCUAAAGACUGGAAGGAGAAAAUGGAAAGAUUAAACACAAGCGAACUCCUUGGAGAAAUCAAAGGUACACCAGAAAGCCUAGCGGAAAAAGAGCGACAGCUCUCUACCAUGAUCACCCAGCUCAUCAGUUUACGAGAGCAGCUUCUGGCUGCUCAUGAUGAGCAGAAAAAACUGGCAGCGUCACAAAUUGAAAAACAACGGCAACAAAUGGACCUGGCUCGCCAACAGCAAGAACAGAUUGCAAGACAACAGCAGCAACUUUUGCAACAGCAGCACAAAAUCAAUCUACUGCAGCAGCAAAUUCAGCAGGUUCAGGGUCACAUGCCUCCGCUCAUGAUCCCAAUUUUUCCACACGACCAGCGGACACUGGCAGCAGCUGCUGCAGCCCAGCAGGGAUUCCUUUUCCCCCCAGGAAUAACUUACAAGCCAGGUGAUAACUAUCCUGUGCAGUUCAUUCCGUCAACAAUGGCAGCUGCUGCUGCUUCUGGACUCAGCCCUUUACAGCUCCAGCAACUCUAUGCUGCUCAGUUGGCCAGCAUGCAGGUUUCACCUGGAGCCAAGAUGCCCUCCACCCCUCAGCCGCCAAGCACGACAGGGACACUCUCACCUACUGGGAUGAAAAAUGAAAAGAGAGGGACCAGCCCUAUAACUCAAGUUAAGGAUGAUGCCGCACAGCCACUGAAUCUCUCAGCCAGACCCAAGACAGCGGAACCCGUCAAGUCCCCGACAUCACCAACCCAGAGCCUCUUCCCAACUAGUAAAACCAGCCCCAUGAAUGUCGCAAAUAAAAGUGGAAUCCCCAGCCCUAUUGGUGGAAGUCUAGGAAGAGGAUCUUCACUAGACAUCCUUUCUAGUCUUAACUCUCCUGCCCUGUUUGGGGACCAGGACACAGUAAUGAAAGCCAUUCAAGAGGCUCGAAAAAUGAGAGAACAAAUCCAAAGGGAGCAGCAGCAACAACAACCACAUGGCAUUGAUGGAAAACAUCCCUCCAUGAACAACAUGGGUCUAAACAACUGUAGGACUGAAAAGGAAAGAACACGCUUUGAGAAUUUAGGCCCUCAGCUAUCAGGGAAACCCAGUGAAGAUGGAAAACUAGGCCCAGGAGUCAUUGAUCUUACAAGGCCUGAAGAUGCAGAGGGAAGUAAAGCAAUGAAUGGCUCUGCAGCUAAACUACAGCAGUAUUAUUGUUGGCCAACAGGAGGCGCCACUGUGGCUGAAGCGCGAGUCUACAGGGAUGCCCGAGGCCGAAGUAGCAGUGAGCCACAUAUCAAACGACCAAUGAAUGCAUUCAUGGUUUGGGCAAAAGAUGAACGUAGAAAAAUUCUCCAAGCUUUUCCUGACAUGCACAACUCCAAUAUUAGCAAAAUCCUUGGUUCCCGCUGGAAAUCCAUGUCAAACCAAGAGAAACAACCAUACUAUGAAGAGCAAGCACGGCUAAGUAAAAUCCAUCUAGAGAAGUACCCUAACUACAAAUAUAAACCCCGACCAAAACGCACCUGCAUCGUUGAUGGCAAGAAACUGCGUAUUGGAGAAUAUAAACAGCUCAUGAGAUCUCGAAGGCAGGAGAUGAGACAAUUUUUUACUGUAGGGCAACAGCCUCAGAUUCCAAUCAGCACAGGGACUGGUGUGGUCUACCCAGGUGCUAUUACUAUGGCAGCAACUACACCAUCGCCUCAGAUGACAUCAGAUUGCUCCAGCACCUCUGCAAGCCCUGAGCCCAGCAUCCCUGUCAUUCAGAGCACUUAUAGCAUGAAGGCAGACAGUGGGAGCCUGGCUGGCAAUGAAAUGAUCAACGGGGAAGAUGAGAUGGAACUGUACGAGGACUUUGAGGAUGACCCCAAAUCAGACUAUAGCAGUGAGAAUGAAGCCCAUGAGGCUGUCACUGCCAACUGAGGAUGUUUGCUGGAUUAAAGUACUCUGACUUUUGUUUUUGUUUUUGAUUUGUUUUGAACAAAAAGUUCUUAAAUGAGCCUGCAUGCAUGUGUGGCUCCUACAGUUACAUCUGCAGAAUGGUCUUAAAUGUUUCUUAAUGUGUGACACAGAUUGUUCCCUAAUUUUCAUGAACUUUUUUUUAAAAAAAAUUUAGGUGAAGACAUUAAGUAUCAGACAUUGGGACUUGAAAACUUAUAUGAAUCAAUAGCUCUCUUACAAGUCUUACUUUUUGUUUGGUCUACUUUUCUCCUCCUGGAUGCUGAUAAAAAAAGGUUUAAGUUGCUGUUUUAAAUGGGGGUUUUACAUUCUCACUCAGGUAUGCUGUGCUAGCCUACAGGUUGUGAAUGUGUUUUUAUUCUGAAUUAUGUUAGAAAACGAAAAACAAAAAAAUAACUGCAGUUUUCCUAUCAUGAAACAGAACAAGUCCUCAAGUCUGUGCAUCUGUGACUCUUAGCUCAUCUUUUUUAAACAAGGUCUCUAAAUUCCAUUUUCCCUCCACCUGUAUAGCUGAUCUUCUGAUGUGCCAAACUUUCAUAACUUUUGAAUCUUAACAUUUUAAAAAGUCUUAAGGGAGACACUGUAAAGUCUUAGACAAUCCUUUGGCAUCUUAAAAAUAGCUAUGUAUCUUACAAAAACAUGUAAUUUUUCCAGAAAAAUGGUAAAGUACUCAGGAAUCUGGAGACAGGAUAUUCUUAAAAUAGUGAACAUGACUGCCACAAUGCACUUGCCCAGUUGCUUCUGCCUCAUGAUGUAACAUCAGUACAAAAUAUUAAGUAAGCACAAUAGAGCGAUCACCAGCUACAGACAGGCCUGUCUUCAGAAUUCAAGGCCACCUCCAAAUAUAAUCUGUUCUUUUGGUCUUAACCCUUACAUUCAGUCUUAAUUCUAUUUUCUCUUAAACAAUCUAUUCAUUCCAGAAUGUUGGGGGUCCAUAUAUAAAUUUUAUUUUCUGUCAAAAGUACUAUUAUAUUGAUAUAUUUCCAGUUUUGUAUUGACUUCUUUAUAUAAAAAAAAGUCAUUUCCCUUAAAAGCUUCUGUCCAUCUUAAAAACAGAAAGUAUGUACAGUCAGACCUCCACAUCCACGGAUUCUUUAUCCACAAAUUCAACCAUCCAUGGCAAUAAAUAUUUUAAAAAUAUAUACAUUUCAAGAAGCAAACCUUGGAUUUUGCCAUUUUAUAUAAGGGACACCAUUUUACUAUGCCAUUGUAUUUAACGGAACUCAAGAUUUGGGAUUUGGUAUCCAUGGGGUCCCUGGAACCAAAUCCCAGUAGAUAUCAAGGGCCCACUGUAAUACUGAAAAGGAAUUGUGUACAUGUGUGGGAUAUCAUUUAUCUGUGUCAAACCUGGAAAAACUAUAUAAGUCCCUGCAAAUGUAUCAGAGUACAGCUCUUGUCACCUUCUCAUCAAUUGUCAUGUUGAUUGGAGUUGAUGGAAAUUGAUAGCUGGGGAUGAUGGCAGGCAUUAGAUUGGAUUCAGGUGCUUUUAAUGUUUUCUUAGUAUAUUUGCCCUAUGUGUCUGUCACAGACCUGCAUCCAAAGAAUUAUCAAGUUAGAUCCAAAAGCCCAAUGGCUCUUUAAAAUUAGGUUUCUUAUGCUGUGGCCCACCCUCUCCCUGCAUGGCAAACCAAUUUCGAAACUAAGGAAAUUGUUUCAGAAACAGUCAAAAAAUGUGUGUGGCACUCAUGGUAGUUGAAAGGGGAAAAGCAGCAAAAAUCCUAGUUGAGUGUGGGAUAAGCUCUUGAACUCUUCUACAGUAGUACUAAAACAUUGGUUCUCAAGCUUGGCUCUCAGGAUAGUGUUGGACCACAAUCUGCAUCAUCCUGCAAGGGUGAGAACCAAUACUGUAAAAGUAUCGCAGCCAGAUUCUCUUAACUGCUGUAUGGGAUGCAGACAGAAAGUCCACUGAGUCUUUUUUCAUUAUUAUUAUUAUUUUGAAGAUGUAAAAUACUGCCAUAGUUUGGGAUUCCACAUAUUGCCAUUAACAUUUGUCAGUAUCCAUGAAAUAUUUAUAGAAAAAGAUGCACAAAACCUUAAUAUUGUAUCAAGUAUUAGUUCUGAGAACUAAAAUGAACCCCGAGCUCAUUCCCUUUGCAUUUGAGUUAACUCAUGUGAUUUUAUCGUAAUCUUUCAGGUUUUAUUUCCAUAGAUGUGUGCUCAAUACACAUCAAAAUAACUUUAGGGUUUCAGUGAUUUAUAUUAUUUGCCCUAUAAAAUAGGAGACAAAACAACAGCAGUUAUGUCCCAAGCAUAAUAUCAUAUCAAAUAAAUACCUGUAAAUUGCUCUAGGCUUUAAGAUGCUGCAGAAAUGCAAAUCUCACUUAUUGUACUGUGAGAGUGUUACAUGUAAAAUUGGCUUAUAAGAAAGCUGGAGGACGAGGAAAGAAGCAUUCCCAGGUUAAUAAUCUUAGUCUUAAAUAUAUAUAAUUCAUAUAUGUUCAAAUCAAGAUUUGGUGGAUAUGAGCUCGAUUCGACUUAAACAUUUCAAUAGUUCAGUUUUAUGCAGCAUGAAGGCCAUGGUGUGUAGGUUUGCACAAAUAAAUUGUAUAGAUAACACUGCACCAGGGCAUAAGGAUGUAUUGUUAGAAUUUGGGCCACAAACAUUGACAGGCUUUGAUUCAGGUUCUUUUGAAAUAUUUAAUCCUAGGAAGAGGAGCGGGAACAGUAAUAGGAAGAAAAUGGAGGAGGGGAACAAUCCCCCAUACAAUAACCUUCAAUAAUCUUAGUGAUUUAAGAGUUAUCAGAGAAUAUAAUUCAUAGAAACAUACCUCACAGAGGUGGCAAUGUUAUAGGUGCUAAAUCAUUCACCUACAAGUUGUCUAAAUAAAGUCAGUUUCACACUUGUAUAUCAUGCUGUAGGAACCCUUUUCCAUUAUGUGUGUAUGGUGGAUGCUCCAGAGAUGGGACUAGCCUUCAUUUUUCUUUGCUUAGUAAAAUCUUUCUGCUUUUUGGGGGGCAGAGGUAAAAUUGUGAACUGUAUCUGUAUUGAUACAGAUGGAGCAACUUCUAUGGAAGUUGCAGUUUCAAGCAUCCUACAGCAAGCUAUCAAUUUGUGUGAAGCAGAGUUAUGUUGUUGAGGGUUCUGACAUAUAAUUUUAAAAAGUUAGUCAAUAGGAAGAGCUUCUUCCUUUCUUACAAGCUUUUACUUAGGUAAAAGCAUUACUAUGAUUUUAAGAAGCAUCCUCACAUCUUGUGUGAUGGCAAAGAUGACAAAUCAACAUGUAUUUAAUAUGUGGGCAUGAUCUAAUUCCUCCUGAAAUCUUGGCCUGCAGUUCACUUCCUUCUGUACAAACCUGCACUAUCAACUACAUCAGACAAGGCUCUCAUCUACUCCAUUGUGGAAAUCUGGCUUCCAUUUUAGAGACCUUGGGCCCAUGUUGCAAUCAUUUUGUUCUUCCCCCCUUGAUUUCAAUGGCUUUAAAAUGGUUACUAAUGAGUAAAAUGGGCAAAACAUCAGAGAAAGAUACUGUCGCGUGCUCUCAUACAACAUUGCAAAAUGAACAUAACAAAACAGAAUGCUAACAAUGCUCUGACAAUUUUCACCAACAGUUGCUGGAGGUAGAAUAAUUUUUGCAAUGUUAAAACAGACAAUUUAAUCCACACAAGUAAACAAGGAUUGCUGAACUGACAAGAAAAAAUAACAUUCUCAGCAGGCUUUGGCAGCCAUUUUGUAAUCUGGAUAAAAUGGGUUUAGCUAGAGCAACGAAACUGGUCUAGUCAUGAAGUUAAAGGUACCUGUUCUCAUUAGCUGGUGAGCGCCCUCUUUAUUUAGCUAAGGUACUGAAAGAAAAUCCUUUGUAGUUUAGAUUGUUUGGAAAUAUGAACUGAUCUAAUCCAUGUAGCUCAGUGAGGAGGUACACAUUUUUUCCUAAAGAAUGAAUAUUUAUUAAUUUCAUACAUAUUUCUCCUACUAUUGAUCUGUCUGAGUCUUACAUUUCUUUCCUCACCAUUUUUAUAGGGAUUCCUUUCUUUCUUUCUUUUUUUGGCUGAUGUUGUUGUUGCAUAGGUAGAAUGCUGUAUUGCUCGCAUUGUAUUUUGUGUAAUUAUUUUUGCACAAAGGCAAACAUUUAGUUUAGUGGAUUAUUUUUUUUAUAUAAAUUUUAUGACCAUGCCAAAAUAAUAUUCUGUAGGCUGGUGGAGAACAAAGGACUGUUCUUUAGGACUGAAACUUGAUUUUGCUUGUAGUACAAACACACACACACAUACACACACAGAUGUUGUUUCGUAAGUGUUAUAAACACUGGAUAUAAAUGGUAUUUUUUAUCACUUCUAACUAAUGUGAAACUGUUGUACAAAAAUGACAUGAACAAAAGUCAUCUGUUUCGACUCGUGUGGGCCUGCCUCACAGUUGCUGGAUUGAAGUCAUUUUUAUGUCUUGUUAUUUCAUUUAUUUAUGCAAGAUUGGUCUAUGUAUGAAUACUUCGUUUUAGCUCCAGCCCUGCAUCUGGGUUGAUACUCUAUAACUUAAAACAGUGUUCUUGACACUGAUUGGCUCUUCAUGAAUCAGCAGAUGGUGGAAUGCUACUUUAUUGGACAGGUUGGGUGAAAAAGUAUUUGAAUCUAAAACAUACAGAAGCAGUUUAUUGUAUUUAUUAGCCAGUGUUGGCUCUAAAGUGUCAGCAGAAAUCAAGGAAGGACAAUCGUUUGGAAAUGAAUUUUUCUUUUCAUUCUUAAUUGGAGCUCAAAACAAGGUUUUUGACUAGUCACCAUCUCAUUUUAGAUUUUUUUUAAAAAAAUGUGUAAAUAUAACAUAGGAAAUAGAAUUUUAUUUUUUGUUUUUGAAUAUUUAGUGAAGUAUAAGUUAUGUAUUUACUUUUGUUCUGUAUCAGUGUACAUUGGUCCAUAUUAAAUGCUGACAAAUCACUGUACCUCAUGUAGAUAUUGAAUUUACACCUGCAGUGCAAGACCAGUAUUGUGGACCUGUAGCUAGGAUGGCAAGAUGCCUCACUUGUGCCCUCCUCUGAAUCCGAAUCUCAUAUUUCAUAAAUGCAAGUGAUUUAAAAAUACAACACAUGCUUCAGGCAUUAUAAUCCCUAUAUUCUUUAGUCUCUGGUAGUGGCAUUAUAGUUACUGGGACUGAUAAAACAUUGGGCAAAGAAAUGCAACCUGAUAGGCUGGUCCUAAACACUGCUGCCAUAAAAUGUGGUGUGUCAGUGGAUCCCCUUGGGCAGCAUUAUAGAUCAUGGUGCUAAUUCCGAGAAAGAGGCUCAUAUCCGAGGUCCCAUUUCAACUAGGCCGGCAAGAUGGACACAACUCAAUUUCAGUGAAACUAACUUCUUUCUCUUGAUCAGGGCCCUGAUGAAACAGCACUGUUGCAGGCUGAUACAGCAGCCAGAUCUCUGACAAUGUUGGCAGAUGUGGUUCCAUUAAAUUUCUUGGAAGUUAACUAGUAUAAUCAAUCAGUGAACUCUUUUAUCCUCAAAGCACACAACCCAAUAGCUCUCAACCUUCCACUUAAUUAGGGGUAUCAUAAAAUACAACUGUUUUAAAAUAUGGGUUGCUUAAGUGCCAGAUUUCUAGUUUAGCUUGCAACCAAGAUCAUUUAAAAUCUGCAAUUUUCUUCCAAGCAAAACUGCAAAAGGUUCUCCUUACGCUUUGUUUGAGAGCAACUAGUAUAACUAAGUAUGUCAAGAUGCCUGACAAAUAAGUAAGUUAAUGUGGAUGCUAUGGAAGGCUGCCAUUAACCAGGCCUGUGUGAGUGAAGCCCCUUAUUAAAUGCAACACAGAUCUGGUUAGAUCUGUGUUCAAAUGUGGAACAAAGUUGGCCUGUCAAAAAAGGAAGUAAAAUUAGCAAUAACGUAAGAUGGCAUCUAUCCUUGCUGUCUGCAAUAAACCACAGAAUAUGUUCAAGUUUCCACAAAUAAUGUGGUUUUUUUUAAUUCAUCCCCAUGUAGUUAGAACAUCUGGACUCUGAGUAGUAUUUUUUAUUCUUAACAUUGCUAUUGUCACUCUAUUCCUUAGCAAAGGCAAAAUUUCUAAAAGACUUCAUGUUCCAGAGAAGACUUCUGAAAUGCUUUGCGACUAGUUAGAAUAACCUUUUAAUUAAAUGAUAACAGCACGAUAAAUAAAUAAUUCCAUUGACCUGGUAUUUGCCAGAAAGCAAAAUAAAGUCUUAAUAAUACUGAAAAACGCUUUCACAGGGAUCUCUUUAUGAAAAAGAGCGAGCAAAGAUCUCGGACCAAAGGGCCCCAUAUAGGUUGUGGCCUUAUACCGAGUCAGGCUUUGGCCCACCCGCACCCAUGCUGUAAACAACAACUCCCCAGGGGAUCAGGCACAGAGGGCCUAUGUCUUCCCUGCUAGCUAGCAUUUAAAACAACAACAAUCUUAUCCACCAGGCCUUGUACCCACAACUUUACAUAUGCAGUGCAUGUGCUUUGCCACUGAACUGCAACUCUCCUUCUCCUCAUACAUAAAUGUAUGCUGGUAUUCCCAAAUGACUUAAUGCCCAUUGCCAUUAAGAGUUAGUACAUGGGGAAAAGUCAAAUGGAAUUACAGCAGGAUAAGAACUCCAGAUCAAAUGGUAUAGUGUUCCUUGGGAGUGUGAGUGCAUUUGUUAUUUACAAUUAAUACAAAGUCAUGUGAAAAACAGACAAACAAAGUAAAGCAGUAACAAUGAUUGUUUAAAUGAUUGUGUAAGUGAAAUGCUGAUUGUGUAAAUGCAACUCCCCUAAUACAAGUUAAAGCAUGACUUCCUACUGUACCUACUACUGCUUUUUGUCUCAUUGAAGCUUAAUAUGUCUUUUCACUUUAACACAAUUAAUUUUCCCAGUAAGGAGUACCACAGGGCUUCAAUCUAGGAAAGCACUUAAAGGUGGGAUCCUCACACUGCACAUUCUGGAAUAGUCUUAUCAGAAGCUGACGUUACUAUUCCAGGGUCGGUAGUAUGAAGAUCACAGCCUCAGGCACCAAAAGAUUUUAGGAAUAUAUUAAAGUUAAGCUGCAGAAUUUUAUGUGUAUAUCUGGAUGGGAUUGUCAGUGCCAACAACUGCUCUAGAAAUGCAGCAAGUAGAAUGUAUAAUACAGUAUUUCAUAUUCUCAUUAAAAAAAAAAACAUAGUCGCAGAUCCUAGAUGUUUGCAUGCAUGUUUAAAGACUGAAGUUGGCACUUAAGCAUGUCCUUUUUAAAGACUAACAUGUGACCUCAUUUGAUUUUUUUAAAAAAAUAAAUAAAUAAAGGCACUUACCUUUUUUGUUAAACACUUCACUUUCCUCUUCCCACCCCAAAUUACUUGGCCAUCACCUUUUUCUAUCAGUCUUUGUUCUCUAUUUCCCCCUUCCCCUUUGGAGGAUGUGUUUGAUAUACUGUAAUACUGUGAUCCCAUGCUAGAAUACAGAAAGCACUGACAGAGAUGUGGGGGGGGGGUUCUACAGUCAGAUUUAUGUCAUUGCAUUGCAUAUCCCACCUCCCUUUAUAAAAAAAAAGUCCAAGAUUUUUUAAAGCUGAUUUUAAAAAACAAAACAUCAGUAUUCUGAGGGAGUUCACUCCUUGUAUGUAAAGAGGAGGAGGUGGGUUUGGGGUGUGUGUGUGAAAAGAAAAUGUAUCCAAUUGGUAUUUAUGGCAAUAUGAAAGCUAUAAAGCAGCUUAGUGACACAGCUUGCUUUAUAACUUAUGCUUUCUUCAAAAACCACAAGUGAGGUCCUUGGUGCUCUCAAAAGUUUGGGGAAUGUGCAAAUAUUUAACUGUAUGCUGCACAUUGCAGACCCGCUAGUGUGCAUUCUCCCUUCGUCUUCCUAUGUCAUUUGUGUUUUGCUUUCUCAGAAGCACAGGGUUGUUGUUGUGCCCCCCCCCCCCCCCGCUUCUAUGUACCCUUCAUCAUCCUGUAGCAAUGUUUAGAAUGUUUUAGUACUUCUGUUCCUUCAUUCUUGUAUUUGCCAUGUACAAAUGUUGUUGGGUUUUUUUAAUGACAUUAAGAGGAGCUUAUAAGCUGUUACUUACUGUAACUUCUUUUCUUUCCUGACAUUGUAAUUUGUUUGUGAUGUAUAUUGUGAGAUUGUAUUCUAUGUUAAUUUAAUCAGCACAAUUCACUGACAUGCUGGACUGACAUGCUAGCUGCUGUUUCAAAGUGUAAAAUUUUUGUGUAGAGCUGUUGGGGGGACAACGGAGAUGCCCCAUGUCAAGGUACUAUGCUUUUGUUCCUAUCGCAGCCAUGCGAGUGUGGGUCUUACGAUGCUAGGGCUGCUGUUUCUAUACCCACAAGCAAAUUCUUUUUAACUGGCCAUUUUCUUUGUAGAAAUUCUAUAUACAGUGCAGGUACCUACCUGGGCCCAGGGCUGGUAAUUAUUUGGGCAUGUAGAGGGGGGAAAUAAAAUAAAAACCCUAGUGUCUAUUGCUGCUUUGAAUAUGUUUUAAAAGUCUGAAAAUGUAAAUAGUUUAUCAAAAGAGAAAAAAGAAAAAUCUUGUACAGUCCAGUGUAAAGUUUUUAAAUGAACUUAAAAGUUGCCAUCACAUCUCUCUCACACUCUCCUCUUGAAGCAGUUUGUAAAGGAAAAGAAAAAGAAAAGAAAAGUUUGCUAAGGAUGUUGAUUAUUUUUUUUUAAAUAAAGAAGUCUCUGUGCUCUUAAUUUAACGGGAGGGAAAAAAGGAAUCAUUCUUAGCUUUGCUUUGUAGCAUAAACAGACCUCUUGGAUUUUGUUGUGCAGUAUUGACGUGAGGUAAAUUAAAUAAUUUUUUCCAGUGGUACUUUUAAAGAUUCUUCUCUCCUCUGCCUCAGAAAUGAACAGAAAAGACAAAAGUGAAAGACGCUGUCUUUAUAGUGUAUAUUCUGGUGUAUGUUGGCACCUUACCUACUUAUUUGAGGGGAUUUUUCUUUUUCUUUUCUUUUUUUUCUUUUUGCACAAGGUGCUUUCCUGAUAUGUUUAACAUGUCAUCAUUGGGUGAAACCAUAUAUGCCAUGAUAAGGGGUUCUGUCCCCUCAGGGGAGUGUCUAUAAGACUGCCUAUUUAUGCUCAUUUACCUCAAGACUGUCCUCUCUACCCUUAAUCUAUUCACCAUCACUCCAUCUUUUGUACUGCUGUUGACACUUACAGAUUAAAGAUAAAUUUUGUUUUA